AGUGCAGAGCCAGCAGGAGGAAGCACUGGUAGCAGGGCACUGAAGGUUAGCACUGAAGGAGUAGAUCCAGCAUGGAGUCAGGCUCCUUCUUCUCUGUUACAAUUUGCCACAUUCCACAUGCUUGUGGGUAAAGGAGUGAUGACGACUCUGCCUGCUUCCUGCUGUGGGGGAUGGUGAUGGUGGAACGGAACUGAUCCAGUUGGCACCGGGAAUAUUCUCGCGUCUCAGGCUGAGCGUACCAUGUUUCUGCAACUCCUUCUGCUGCUGACCCUGCUGGGCCCUGGAAGCAGCCUCUGGCCAUGGGACACCUGGGAGGAUGGAGCCAAGGAGGCCCUAGGUCUCCUACUCACCCGCGGCCGGAGACAGGUACAUGGGGAUGAAUUUGACGAGUAUGAGUAUGAUCAGCCGUUCACAGACCCUCCAGAAAAUUUGCAAAAUCGCACUGAGCCCAUGUCCUCGAGACCCCAGCUUCUGGCUUCAUUGGGAACAUUUGGACAGAGAGAUACUGCAGGGACUGCAACACCUGAGCCAGUCACUCUGGAGAUGGCCACAAGGGACUCUACUGUCCUGGAUGCAGGAGGGGCGGCCACUGGGAAUCCGAGCAUGAAACUGGCCACACAGGGAAUUUCUGUCACACUGGACCCUCUGACCAAAGAACCAGUCACUGUAAUCCUCAAAGAGGAUACAAUCACAGAGUCGGCUACAGCAGAGGCCCUGUCCAUGGGGCCAGCAGGCAUAGCAGCAGCGUCCACAGAACCCGUGUCCACAGAGGCCAUGCCCACAGAACCCGUGUCCACAGAGGCCACGCCUACAGAACCCGUGUCCACAGAGGCCACGCCCACAGAUCCCACGUCCACAGAGGCCACAUCCACAGAACCUGCUGUCACAGAGGCCCUGACUACAGAACCCACUUCCACGGAGGUCCUGUCCACAGAACCCACAGUCAUAGAGGCUCUGUCUGCAGAACUAACUUCCACGGCAGCCCCUUCCGUGGAGCCCACUCCCACAGGGGCACUGCCCACAUAUCCAGUCCCUGCGAAGGCCUCGCCUACAACACCUGCUACCACGAGGGGCCUAACCACAGCCCCUCCUGUGCCCUCCGAUCCUCCCAGAGGCAGCACCAUGGCCGCUGGCAAUUUGCCUACUGAUUCAUCCUGGAAAAGCAACCAGACUCUUUCCCCCCAGAGCUCUUCUACCCCCGGCCCCAGAGAAGUCCUGUCGGACCACAGCCCCGUGAAGCAGUGCCUGCUGGCUAUCCUCAUCCUGGCCCUGGUGGCCACCCUCUUCCUCGUGUGCACCGUGGUGCUGGCCAUCCGCCUCUCCCGCAAGAACCACCUGUACCCCGUGCGCAACUACUCUCCCACCGAGAUGGUUUGCAUCUCGUCCCUGCUGCCCGACGGCGAGGGGCUCGCUGCCACCACCAAUGGAGUCCCGCCCAAUGCCAAGAGGCAGGGCCUGAAGACAGAGCCUCAGAAGGACCGUGAAGGGGAUGAUCUCACCCUGCACAGCUUCCUCCCUUAGCUCCCAUCCCCUGCUUGAGCAGGACCAGCCCCCAGGCUGCCUCUGUGGCCUCUGCUUCCUCCAGGUCUCGGUUCCUCGGAGCCCCUGGGGAUGGGGAUCUUUAAGGCCAGGACCCUGGCCGCCCUACACAAGACUGAGAGCAGCCAAGGUCCAGGCCCCAGAGCAGGCCUGGCAAACGGAACCUCCAGGAGAGGCUGGGGAGACCUCCUCCACCUUCCAGCCUCCCAUCUGUUCUGGGCUCCCUCCUGCGGCUGUCCUCCCCCUCCCCCAAGCCCUGCUGCACUCCCUCCCCCCUGGCCGGGAGGCCCAAGCACCCAGGAAGACGGGAAAAUUCCCUGCCGCCACCCCCACUGCCAUUUUCUUCUGGUUGCCAUGGUCACUACAAGGAAGGGGCACUUUUGGGGGGACUGCCAGAUUCCUGAGUUCAUUUCCUAUUACUUCCCCAUUUGGGGUGUCUUUCUGGGGAACCUGGGGUGAGGGCUGGGCCCGUGGGGGCUGGGCAGGCAGAAAGCCCAAAGCCAAGGGCUUCCUUCGGAUCACGUAGACCAAUGAGCUUCCAUCUGGCCACUGAGUAACCCUGUCCUGUCCUCCCCCGCCGCCCCCUGUGGCCAGGGUUCUGCCUGUUCAUGGGAGUUUCCAGAGGCCAGCCUGGGCCCUGGAACAUCACAGACACUUAGUAAUGUUGGUGAAGCAGAUGAUGGCUGAAUGGCUGCUUCAGGUAGUGGGUCCUGGCACUGUUCACCCCCAGCCCCAGCCCUCACAGGAAGCCCCCUGCAUGGGCUGUUAGGGUUACUUCUGGGGGCAACUUGGUGAAUCCUUGGGAGGCUAUUGGGGAAAAGUCGUGCUGGCCCCGGGAAUCGCUCUGUUCAACUCCCAUGACCCAGUUCCAGUCUACAGAAUUUUUGUUCCCCCUAAAGCUCAGACAAAAAGGCCCUCUCUACAUCCACGCCACCCUCUCCAGAAGCCCACCCUGACCUCUCUGUUCCACAGGAGGCUUGUCUCCCAUUGCUAAUGGCCAUGCCCCACAAGGGGAGCCUGGCUCACACAGCCUGUAAGGCCUUCCUGCAGCUGACUCGCUGCCAAUCAAGUAGAGUUUGGGGCUGGCAAACUUUUUCUUAGAGGGCCAGACCUUAGGUUGGGCAGGCCUCUGUUGCAACUUCUCAAACCAUGGCAUGGAGGCGGCCAUUGACUCUGUGUCGUAAAUGUGUUUGGUUGAAUUCUAUUGGAACUUUAUUUACAAACAGGCCACAGGCUGGGUUAGGCUCUCUAAGUUAGCUGGUCCCUGACUUAAGUGUAAGGGAACCAGAGGGCCCAGUUUGCCUGGGACUUUCCCCCUUUUAGCACCAAAAAUCCUAUGUCAUGGAAUAUAAGACUUUCAGCCUCAGCAAA